AUUUUUAUAACUAUCCAAGUCUGGUCUGAUCUGGUCCGGUAUGGUCUGGUCUGAUCUGGUCUGUGAAGAAUUACAGUCCGGUUAAAAACAUCCUUAGUAAUAAAAAAUAAAUAGUAUAAUAUGCACGUAUGAAACUUAGUUAAAGAAACAUGUAAUACACAAAUAAUAAGUGGCCUAAUCACGAAACUUAAGCGGGCUGAACCUACAUCAAUCAGUUUCAUAUCAAUGACGGACAAGAUACAAAUAGGUCACGUUUUGGUUGAAAACUCAAACCUUGGAUAUUCUUGUCAACUUGGAUAUUCUUGUCAAUAUUGAAUUAUGGGAUUUUAUAAUAUCAACCUUUUGUAUUCUGUAAUCAAUGGUUUGCACUCAAACAAUUACAAAAACUCCACCGUACCAAAUAUGAGCCACUGAUUAGAAAUAUAAAAUUUUCACUCCUCGGGCACUUAAAUUAGCUUCUCAUGUACUCCCUCUAUCCCCUAAUUAAGUUACCACUUUCCUUUUUAAGCAGUCCCUAAAUUAAAUUCACACUUUCUUACUUUCCUUAUUUAGCAAAUAAUCUAUAUCAAAACAGUGUCAAAAAGUGCAAAACAGUGUGAAACUGUGUUUGAACAGUGCAAAACAGUGCACUUCACAGUAAAGUCAAAUUUAUUUUUUUAUUACAUGUAUGUAUGUGAAGUCAAACCGGGAACUUAAUUGGGGGACGGAGGAAGCAAAUUUCUAAUGACCAUCCCGGCCCAUAUAGGGGUGGACUCGGGUCCGGGCUGGGUCCGGGUCGGGCCUAGGCCCGGGCGGGCCGGCUGUUCAGGAAUGGUGGACCCGGGACCGGCCCGGGUAGCCAUCGGGUCCGGUCCAUGUCCGGUCCGGGCCGGGCCGGGCCUCCGAUUUGGGUUUUUUUUCUGCUUUCCUAACCCCCCCCUCACCCCCCCACCCUCUCAAACCCCCCAAACCCCUCCUAACCUUAUCAACCUCGCACGGUCUCAAUCGGUCCAUACCACCGCGGGAAACCGCAUCUGAAGGCGAUGGAGGAGCACAAGUGGAGGUUCUUGGCAAGAGCGAUAGCCAGGACGGGCGUGGGUUUGGAUCGCCUCAUAAAUGGGGUCAAGGUAUUAGAAACACAGGCCAGAGCAUCGUAUUCUGAGGCUAUCCUCAAUGACAAACCUAAUGAGUUCGUAGAGAUGUUGGUUCUUGAUGGGAUCUUUGUGAUUGAAAUACUUCGGGGAUUCAGCGAAGUGGUUCCCUUUGACAAAGACGACCUCUUGGGAUCAAUGCAAUGGAUGCGUUGCCGUCUCCGCGACGACUUUCUCUGCCUCGAGAACCAAAUACCAUAUAUCGUGCUCCAGAAAUUGUACCAACUUACUGAAAUGAAAGGCAGGGAAUGGUUGCCCAGCAGGAGAAUGCCUACUCUGUCCCAAACGGCCUUGCACUUAUUCAAAAUUUCUGAUGAAACCGGAAGAGACCCGGAAACGAUCCGCGGUGCUUUGGGUUGCGACAUUGAAGGGCUUCAUCUUCUUGAUUUAGUCCGGAAAAGUUAUUUCCCGCAGCAGAAGCAGAAACCAACGGUUUCAGCUUCGGGAAACCCGCCGAGUGGAGCCGAAAAUGUGUUGUCAGUUUGGGACUGUUUGCGGACCAAAGUACCGAACAUCCGGAGCAUCUCGAAGCUGAGGCGAGCCGGAAUCGUGGUGAAGCUGAGGGUGCACCAAGAUUGUGAGAGGAGUUUCCUGCCGGUGAAAUUCAAGCGGGGAGUGAUCUGGAUGCCGCUGCUAGAGCUGGAUGACACUAUGUGCGCGAUCUUGCUGAACUUCAUUGCGUUCGAGCAGUGCUACAAGGGGACAGACAAGCGCAUGUCGGAGUACGUUAAGUUUCUGCACUGCCUCAUAGACAUGCACGAGGACGUGGAUCUGUUGUGCGAGGCCGAGAUCUUGCGCCACCACUUUGGGUCGCAGCGUGAGGUGGCGGAGUUUGUGAACCGCCUGGGGAUGGCGGCGGAGGUCGAUAACACCAAAAGCUAUUUGAGAGACGUGUACGUUGGAGUGGACGAGCACUACAAAAACAAAUUCCACGUUUACUUGGCCGAGGUCAGAGACACCCACUUCCGAUCUCCCUGGACCGCCCUGUCUCUGUUAGCUGCCCUGAUUGUCCUUGCUCUCACCGUGGGUCAAACCAUUUACACCAUCUAUCCUUAUUAUCACCCACACGAAGAGAAGCAUUCCAUAGCACCACCACCAAAACCAUAUCCUUAAUCCUAUUUUGAAAACUCAACAUUAGGAUUUUUAUUUAUGUAUUUAAAUAUGUUUUAGUUCAAUUUGGAGUAAUUUCUUGGAAACAAAAUACUCCCUCUCUCUCCAAUUAUUGUUCUAUUUUUCCAUUUUUGAAUAUCCUUCUAUUAUUAUCUCAUACAGAGUACUAUCCUCUGUUCCAUAAAAGUUGCAACAAUUUGACUUUCACGUUUGCCAACGCGCA